AUGGAUAGGGAAAAGUAUGAUGAGGUGCUAGAAGCAUGUUCCUUGACAAAAGACCUUGAGGUUCUACCAUUUGGUGAUCAGACCACUAUCAGAGAGAAGGGAAUCAAUUUGAGUGGUGGACAGAAGCAAAGAGUGCAAAUAGCCCGUGCUCUAUACCAAGAUUCUGAUAUAUAUCUGUUUGAUGAUCCCUUCAGUGCAUUGGAUGCUCAUACAAGAUCCCAUCUCUUUAAGGAGUGCUUGCUUGGCCUUUUAAAAUCAAAAAUUGUGAUUUAUAUAACUCAUCAAGUAGAGUUCUUAUCCGAUGCUGAUCUAAUAGUGGUCAUGAGAGAAGGAAGAAUAACUCAAUCAGGAAAAUACAAUGACAUUCUCAGGUCAGGCACUGAUUUUAUGGAACUUGUAGGUGCACACAAAGCAGCUUUGUCUUUAAUCAAGUCCUUGGAGAGAAGGCCAACAUUUAAAACAUCAACUUUAACCAAGGAGGACACAAGUUCAGUAAGUUAUGACAUAGUUAAACCCAAAGGGCAACUAGUUCAAGAAGAAGAACGGGAAAAGGGUAGAGUAGGGUUUAAUGUCUACUGGAAAUACAUCACAACAGCUUAUGGAGGAGCUCUUGUACCCAUCAUAUUACUUUCAACGAUACUCACUGUGGCUUUUCAGAUUGCUAGCAAUUAUUGGAUGAUUUUGGCUACUCCUAUGUCUGCAACUGCAGAACCUGAUAUUGGAAGCUUUAAACUUAUGGUUGUCUAUGUUGCUUUGUCAAUUGGAAGUUCCAUUUUCACCUUUGCCAGAGCAUUUCUUGCUGUGAUAGCUGGAUACAAGACAGCCAUUGUGAUCUUUAAUAAAAUGCAUUUGUGCAUUUUUCGAGCACCAAUAUCAUAUUUUGAUGCCACCUCGAGUGGGCGAAUCCUUAAUAGAACCAAAGUGCACUAGAUAUGAACAUUUCAAAUCUAGUAUGGGCAAUUGUCUUCAAUCUGGUUCAAAUCUUGGGAAAUAUUGUUGUGAUGUCUCAAGCUGCAUGGCAGGUGUUUAUAGUAUUGUUUCCAAUCAUGGCAGCAUGCAUAUGGUACCAGGUAGCUUUUUGGAUAAUGUCACCAAAUGAAUCUAAUUUUGACUUUCAUUCCUCCUAUUUUA